UUGUUGUUGAUGUGUUGAUAGAUGUGAAAAAAUUAUGAGCUAGGGAUUCUUUUGUUUUUAUUUAUUGCUGUCUGCAUUUAAUAUAUGUUUAAUUCAUAAAUUUUUAAUAAAUUAAAAUUUACUUGAAGUCUUGCAAACUAAACUGUUUUUGAGCUAUUGCUUGCUACUUCAGUUUCUUGCAUAAAUGUCAGAAGUUAUGGCUCCAUUUAAAUGUUUUACUUUAGAUUUGACAAAAGCAAAUAAAUGACUAAAAAUGUCAUCUUCAGCAGUUUCAGCUGUUGUAACUUUCAUGAAGAGUCCUUUAGUAUCUUGGGCUAAAACAUUCCAAGAUGAAGAAAAGAAAAUAUUGGAAUACAGAUGUCUGUGUGAUGGGCUUUUCAUUUAUAAUAUGUGGCUAGAAAUUGAUCCUCAUCCACCAUAUCAUGGAAUUAGCUCAUCAACAGAUGAUCUGGCUACUCGGAUACGGAAUUUGGAUAUUAUACUCCAUAAUAUAAAAGCAUUUUAUGAGGAAGUUCUGGGGCAGUUGUUACUGAUUAAGGUACCUGAUAUCUUAACCUUAGCAAAACUUAAUGAUGAGCAUUCCAGUGUUGGGGAGAUGGAAGUUCUAUUACUCUUAAUAUUAGGCUGUGCUGUGCAGUGUGAAAGAAAAGAGCAUUUUAUUGAAGUAAUAAAAUCCAUGGAUUUAGAAAUUCAGCAUAAAAUAGUUGACUACAUACAGCAAAUUACUGAUAAUCCUGAAUCUGUUUGGACAAGUGAGUGGAAUGAGCUUUCUUUAGUUCCUGCUGAAGAUCAAGAGCACAUGUACAGCCUUCUAGUUCAACAUCUUCGCCGUCUAGUCAAGGAAAGAGAUGAACUUUCCCAAAAAGUUAUUCAAUUUGCCUUACAAAAUUUAUGUUAUACUUCUGGGACCAGCACCUUAAGCCCUACUAGUUCAACCAGCAUUGAUAAAUCUCAUUUGAUAGUGGAGUUGGCUGAUGUGAAGGCUCGGUUACGAAAACUUCAACAAGAAGUGGAAGAGAAAAAUGAAGGAAUAACUGAAUUGAAGGAAGAAUUGGAAAAAUCAAAAGAAUCUCAGUGUAAACUUCGCCAAGAGAAUUUGGAGCUAAUUCAGGAUGCACGCACUGCCAAAACAUACAGAGAUGAAAUUGAUAUUUUGAAAGAAAGAGUACAUAAAGUUGAUCGCCUAGAAAGUGAAAUCCAAAGGUAUAAAGAUAAGAUGAAUGAAUUAGACUUUUACAAAUCAAGAGUUGAGGAACUGAGAGAAGAUAACCGCAUUCUUGUGGAGACUAAGUCUAUGCUUGAAGAACAGUUGGAAGCAAGCAGAAAAAGAGCUGAGCAAGUUGUUGAAUUGGAAGCAGAAAUUCUAAAAUAUUGCUCCCAAAUAAAUGAGCUGAAUAUUGAACGAGAUUCUGACAAAGAAAAGAUUCAGCAGUUGCUCGAAGAAAAUGCUCAACUUCACAUUGAGCGUAAGGCUUCAAUGGAAGAACUAGUUCAGCUUCAGAGUGAACUGUCUCAGGCAUUUACUCCUUCCCCACUGGAAAAUCAUAGUCUGAUGGAACAACUGAAUACUGAAACGCAAACCCGUGUGUUACAGUUGGAGCUUGAGAACAAAAGACUGCAUAUGCUUGUUGAGAGUCUAAAUAGGUCACCAUCUUUUGAGAUUUCUGAUCCCGAAAGUAUGAAGGAUAUGGAAGAUAAUAUAUGGAAGUUAGAUUUAAGUAAUUGGAAGAAUAAAGCAGCAUUAGAAAAUAUUGGAAAUCUCAGAAAAGAACACAAGGCUCUGAAAGAAAAGAAUAAUCACCUUGAAAAAGAAAUAGCAGAACUGAAAGUAGAAGCCAAAAAGUUCACUUCCCUUGAGUUGCAAUGUGCAGACUUUGAAAAACUUGUUGGGGAACUGAAACAAGCUUUAAAAGUUCAGCAGGCUGAUGUUUCUAAAUGUGAGCAACUUGAGCAAAGUCUGAAUUCCCUAACAACGGAAAAUCAGAAACUUCAGAAAAUGGUGGAUUCCAGUCAACAAAGAAUAAAAGAUUUACAACAAGACUUGCAAGCUGUAGAAAAUGAAAAUCAAAAACUAAAUAAUACUGUAGAAAGUCUAAAACUCACUGUUCGAAAAUAUCAUGAUUUAGAGAGAGAGACUACAAAUCUUGAAACAGUAAAUCAUCGUUUGGAGCAGGAAAUGAAAGGACUCGAAAAGGAAAACAGCCGAUUAAAGACUGCUAUUGAAUCUAAGGAUCUUACCAUUGAAGAAUAUGCAUCACGUGUUGCAUAUUUGGAUAGAGAAAACAAACACCUUGUGAAAGAAGUGGAGAAUUUGAACCAGAUUGCUGUUAAAUUACGUGAUAUGGAGCGUGAAAAUAAAGAUUUGCUUCAGCAGACAGCUGUGGAUAAAAAGUCUUUAGAGGCUUUAAGACAAGAUUUAGUAUCUGAAAAAAUAACUAACCAAAGACUGAAUAGUGAGAUUCAGAAGCUAAAAUCACAGAUUGAAGCCAUAGAUCUUCCAAAGGAAGUCAUUGUAAAUGAUCAUGAAGUUUUUUUGAAUGAAUUAAAAGGUGCUGAUAAAUUUCUCUGUGAUGAUGAACACAGUAUAGAAGAUAGAAGUUCAAUAAAUAAGCAGUGUAACAUUGAUUACAAUCGCAUCUCUGAUGAAGUAAAAGAAACAGGGGAAAAGGCAUUUGAAGAGCUGAUGGUAAGAUCCCCUGAUGCACCAAAAGAUAAGCAGAAUGAAUUAGAUAAAACUUCUGAGUACAAAGAAAAUUUAUUAUCUAAGAAAAAAAUAUUUGCUAAUGAUAAGGAAGAAAUAAAGCUAGUAACAUUACGAGAAGAGUUAGAAGAAUUGAAAGCUGAUGUUAUGGAAUUAGAAAAAAAGAAAUCAUCUGUUGAAGAAGAAAAUUGCAGCUUAAAUAAUCAAGUUUCAUCCUUGCGGGACCAGAAUAACAACUUAAAAAGCCAGCUUGAGUCUGUUGAGCAGCAUUUAGGAUCUGUAGUCUCUCAUAACAAUACCCUACAAUCCAAACUUGCAAAACUUGAGGUUGAAAUUACUGUUGUCUCCUCUCAGAAUAAGACUCUUAAUCACCAAAAAUCACAAUUCCAGUCACAAGUCUCAAAUCUUGAAGAUCAACUUAAGAAGGCAAAUAUGCAACAGAUUGAAAUGGAAAAUAGAAAUAGAAGUUUAGCCACUGAUCAUGAGUCCCUUCAGCGCCUUCAUGAACAACUUACCAAUGAUUAUGAUUCAUUGAUAAAAGUUCACAGUUCACUAAAAGCUCAUCAUAAAUCUCUGAAAUCUGAAUACAAUGAUUUGAAGGAAAAGAUGCAGUCUGUGUUGAUUUCUCAUGAAGAAGUCAUGCGCUUGAGACAGGUUCUUGAAGAUGAUGAUUCAAGAGUUGAUUCACGUGUGUUGAAUACUUUACGAGCUGAUCAUAUUCAAUUAAAGGAACAGUUGAAGUCAUUGAGAGAAGCACAUGAAGGAGUUACUAAGGAAUUAAAAUCUUUGCAAGCUAUCCAUAAAUCACUGAAGACUGAAAACAAUGAAUUGAAACUGAAACACACUGCCUUGCAAGGAGAGCUUCUAGAAUGUCAAAAUGAGACUUCUUCGCUGGACGUAGAAGUUUCUAAGCUUACUAAUUGCUGUGAAUUACUAACACAAAAAAAUUCUAUGAUGGAAGAAGAACAGCAAUCACUGAUGUCUCAUCUCUCUAUGCUUUUGAGUCAAUAUCAUGAACUUUUAUACCAAGUAAUUUCAGAGCAAAAUCUAUAUCGCAAAGAGGAAAAUAGUUUUCGAGAGAAACUCAGGGAGCUUUGUCAACAAAAAGAAAAACUUGAACAAAGAAUUUUAGAUCAUUCUAACAAACUUCAAAAAUCUCCUAAAAGUUCUACAUUGCUUUUCAGAAAACCUGGUUCUGGUGGCUCUAUGCGGAUGCGAAGAACUCGAUCUGCCUUUUUACGAAAUUCUAAACAUGAUGCAUUAAGUUCUCAAUCAGAUAAUUCUACUGACUCAAGUUUGUACUGUAGUCUCCGAAGGCCAAAUAAACCUCUUGGCUGGUCAUUUAAAAAUAAAGGAAAUAUUCUUAAUCCUGAAGAUUCCUGUCAAGAGGACCAUAUUCCAGUGAGAGAUGUUGGACUAGCCGUCCAAAAGGAUGGCUGUGUCGAACAGAACAUCAUACCAUCUGAGAAAAAAGAUGAUACUGGUUCUGAAUUUAUGAAAGAUAUGGGAUCCAAGCAUACUACAUUAGAAAAUAAUAUGACUCUCAACUUUAUAACAAACCUGACCAGUGCAGAUCUACUCAGUUGUAGUCCAUCCCAACCAUUUUCCAGAAGCGCUUCCUCUCAACAGAUCUCAUCUUACAAUCUUGGACGUCAUUAUACUUCUGACAAUUCAUUUCAGCCGCUUUCUUACAUUGCCAAUGAUGUCUUGCACUGCCCUCAGGUGGCGAAUAAGCCUACACGCCCCCUAUCUGCUUACUGCUCAGACACCAACAGCAAUAUAGACACAAUUGAGGCUUCCAAGUUUUCCAGGACUAAACCCGAGAAGAGUGAUCCAAGCGGCUCUCGUGGAUCCUCGAAGGAAAAGUCUCUGGAAAAUUCUGUGUGGUAUGAAUAUGGAUGUGUUUAGUUUUUUUGGUAAUAUCUGUAAUGUUCUAACCAUUAACUCUAACUCUGCAUUCGCACAUGUUAUGUGUAUUAAGUAGCAUUUUCCUAACUAUGAGAUGUGAUGCUGUAAAUGUAAAUACAGACAAAGCAUUUAAUAAAUUAAAUAUGUAGAUAUAUAUAUGAGUUGAUAUUUAUGAGGAAUAAUUAAAUUUGAAUUUUGUAUAAAUUGUAUUUUGAAAUGUUAAUUGUAUUUCUUGAAUCUUUAAUGUAAACUCUGAGGUUGUUUGAAUUUUUGACAUUUGCCUUAUAUAAAAUACUUUAAGUGCAUGUAUUGAUUGCAUUUUAUCUCACUGUUUUCUACUUAAUGAUUUACAUCAGUUAAUAAUUUAUUAGAAAAUCAUCUUUGUGGUCAUUUGUUGAUUAAUUUUAGCUAAUAUUUUGUUUUGUUUGGAUGUUUUUUAACUGCAGUAUUAGUGCUGUUAUGCAUAAAUAUCUGUAUUUAGCAUAUAUUUUUUUCCGAGAGAAUUUUUAAUAUUUGGAACUUUUUGAUUUUCUCCAGGUGUGUGCUGGAAAUGACUGCUUAAAUAUUUUAUAAAUAAAACUUGGAUUAUAAUUGUGGUAUUUUUUAAAAGUUUUAUAAAUUUGAUUUUUUUCCGGUUAAAAAAAAUUUUUUUUUUAUUAAAAUAUCUUUUGCACGACUACUUACUGUUAUAAAUUUGUAACUUUAAAGUUUUUGAUUAUAUUAAUAGUUUAUAGAUGUUUGCUAGUUAUAAUGUUAAUUUUGAUACAAAUGCUUUAAAAGUGUCAAAAUUACAAGUUUUAGUUUGAUUAAAACUAGGCAUUGCUAACAUUGUUUACCUAAUUAGUUAUAAGAGUUUUAUUAAAUUGUUUUUUCUUCUGUUAAAUGUACAUUUAUAUUAUUUUAUCUUAAAAUUUUCAAUUUUUUUCAACAAGUAAAUAAUGAUUACCAUUUUAAAUUUAUCUAAAACUUAAGAAACAAAUUUAAAUGAUGAUAUUUUAGAACUAAUUAUGUAUUUUAUUAUUGUGCCCAUUAUCAGCAUUUUUUCAAUUUAAUUUUGAAAUUAUUUUAUGCAAUCAUAUGUUUGCUUCCUUUGUUGCAAAUUUAUUAUCAGUGUUAUGAUGAAAAUUUUAAAUGUAUCAUCAUAUUAAAAUAUUAAUUCAUAUGCAUGGCAAAAUUUUUUUCUAAUUUGUGGCAUUUUUAUAAAGAAAAAAUGUAUUUAUAUGUCAAUGAUUUUUUUAAAUCCUUUUUUAUUCUUUACAUCUCUUAUCAUUUACUUUAUUUUUUAAAAGAUUUGUAUUUUUUCUUUCAUUUUUUGAUGUAUUUCAUGUUAGUAUUUUCCAACUUUUUAAAAUCUUUAUCUAUUGAAAACCAACAUUCCUUUUUUAUUCUUCAGGGUAUAAUUUUAAGAGAAUGAUUUUUUUUAAUUAUUAAAACUGUUUUCAUGCAUAUUAAUAUGUAUAAGAACAGUUGAGGAAAAAUAACAAGUAUAAAAUGGGUCUAAAGAAAUAAUUAUGUAACAAAAUGCUUUUAGUAUGUCACUUUACAAAAUAUACAUUUAUGAAUUUGAAAUUUAUCCUUCAGCUACAUUUGCUAUUGUUUUUAUAAAUGUUUUUGCUGUUUUGAAUGUUUAAAAAUUGACUUUCUUUUCCAGUGAAAUUCUUUACUGUUUGUUUCUAAGCUUCAAAUGAGAACACACCAGCUAGAAAAAAAAUGUGUUCAUUCUUAUUUUUAUUAUCUGUGAUAAUUGUAUUUUUCUUUAUGAAGUGGAACAAUUAAUAUUUCAUAUGUAUGAAUAAUAAUAUUUCAUACAUAAUCUGUCUGAUUUUGUCUAAUUCUUCUAAGCUUCUCUUUGAAAAUUAAUUGCAAAAGUAAAAAUAUCCCAUAUUUCCAUUUAUAAAAUUUUUAUAGAAUUAUAAAAUCUUGAAAUUCUUUAAAAAUUAUUGGCAGCUUAAUAAAUGUGUUCAUUACAUAUAUUUAUUUAUAUUAUUAUAAUCAUAAAUACUAAAAUCACUCUGCUAAAUUAAAUAUGCUUAAAUUUUUAAAUAACCUCUACAACAUAAAAAUUUUGUUAAAAUUUGGAAUUAUUUAAAUCGAUGAAAAUAUCUGUGCUAGAGCAGCUCUCUUUAUAUUUGGCUUACGUAGUAAAGAAUUUUAGAAAAUGUGACAAUAAGUGGAUGAAUUUAUGUAUAAAAUAAAUAUUGUUAGAAUAGUUCAUUGCUAAUAUAUGGAUAAGUCUUAAAUAAUAUAUUAAAUUUUAGAAAUUUUCAUUCUUGAAUUAUAAAAAAGAAAUUAUGCAUAGUUAAGCAUCUUCAUAUUUAAAUAGCCACGAAUUGUUGCAGUUUUUCUUUCUUUUAUAAAACUUACUAGCAAACCGGUGUUUUACUUUGUUAUGCUGUUAAUUAUUAAUUGUUAUUAAAAAAAAAUUUUAUAAAGAGCAAAGUUGUCUGGAACAUGUGAAGUAGAUGUAAAUUAUUAUUUCAGAAUUCAUUUGCAGUUGAAUGUCUCAUCUAUAUAAAGAUUUUGUGAUGUUUUUAGAAAGUAAUGCAUUAUGCUAUUCAAGAUCAAUAUGCAUGUGAUAAAAUCCGUAUUUUUGAAAAAUGUUCCUGUUUUCCCUCUUAUGUUGUAUUUUGUAAUUUUUGUUUUAUUAAUGAAGUCUUUCACUCAAAUCAAAUCGUAAUGUCCGAUUUCAAACACAUUUGCACACUGAUUUUUUGCGACUUCAAAAAAUUCACCACUAAUGAAUUGCUGUGCACUUUUGUCAUUAAUCAUAAAGUGUAUCUGCUUUGUAUUGUUGUGCAGCUAUUUUUUAUUUGUAAAAGAUGUAUAAUCAAAAGGCUUUAUGAUAUGGAUGUUUAGAAAUAACAUUGUCUUAUAAUUUACUUAGGUGCUGUAGCAUUCACUUUGUUAUCGUUUAAAUAAGACUUUUUUUUCUUUUUUUUCCCUAAUGAAAUUGUAAAAUGCAAACUGUGUAUUCAUUACCUCAGGUAGUAAAAUAAUAAAGUAGAAUAAGUAUUGA